CGCACCGACUCAUUCAUUUGAAUGGAGUCAUCACCCGUGUUUAUAGUGAAAAGGGGAUGGCUGACAGAAGCGUUGAGAUUCAAAUCAUGAACAACAGUGAGAAUCAAUUCUUAACCACACCUGCGGUUUACAUUUACAGUGGUUAUAUCGCCAGCUUACCGACUCCCGUGAUUAACCCUGGGAAAAAAGGGAAUGCUGUCUUUACCAAGACUGCCAGUACAGCUCGAGGCAGUGUCGGGGUACUUACCUACUCAUUUGGUCGUACCCAGAUCUCAAUGCUUUUCUCCAAUCCGUUUGAUUACAACUUGUACUCAAUGGUUUUUGCAUUAUACAUCCCUCCUUUACCUGAACUAACCGAUGAAAACUUAUACUACAGGAUGUAUUCUGAGCUGUCACCAUCUGAAUCCUUUGCUAAAGCUGAACUGAGCUCUGGCACUCAAAAGCUUUCAGUUAACGGAGGUAAUCUAGUAAUUUCAGCUACUGUUAAAAAAAUGGAUAAUUCCCUCAUUCAUGUAGUUAUCACAGAUGUUUAUAAGGCUAGUAAACUCUGAGUUAGAUUCUACAGUGAUUGAUAUUGUCUUCUGAGAGAUGUUUUAAUUAUGAAUAUGUUAUAACCAUAUAACAAUUACAGCACGGAAACAGGCCAUCUCGACCCUUCUAGUCCGUGCCGAGCACAUAAUCUCCCCUAGUCCCAUAUACCUGCGCUCAGACCAUAACCUUCCAUUCCUUUCCCGUCCAUAUAACUAUCCAAUUUAUUUUUAAAUGAUAAAAACGAACUUGCCUCCACCACCUUCACUGGAAGCUCAUUCCACACAGCCACCACUCUCUGAGUAAAGAAGUUCCCCCUCAUGUUACCCCUAAACUUCUGUCCCUUAAUUCUCAAGUCAUGUCCCCUUGUUUGAAUCUUCCCUACUCUCAGUGGGAAAAGCUUAUCCACAUCAACUCUGUCUAUCCCUCUCAUCAUUUUAAAGACCUCUAUCAAGUCCCCCCUUAACCUUCUGCGCUCCAAAGGAUAAAGCCCUAACUUGUUCAACCUUUCUCUGUAACUUAGUUGCUGAAACCCAGGCAACAUUCUAGUAAAUCUCUCUAUUUUGUUGACGUCCUUCCUAUAAUUUGGCGACCAAAAUUGUACACCAUACUCCAGAAUUGGCCUCACCAAUGCCUUGUACAAUUUUAACAUUACAUCCCAACUUCUAUAUGUUUUAGAUAGUUUUGAGCUAAAGUUUCACUUUGGUUAUUAGAAAUUUUAUUCAUAUUGAAAUACUUAACUGGGUAGGUAACGUGUUUGGAGGUAUCACUUUAAGAAUUGUACCAAGUGAUCGACUGCCCAUCGUUGUAAUAAUGUUUAUGAUAGAUAUUUUCACAAUUAUUCAGCCUUCCUGAGGGAAAGGAUUAUCUGUCUUUUUGGGAGCAUCCAUACAAUAGAUAAAUGAUACAGUGCACUAUAUAAAAUAAUCUGUCAAUAAAGUAUCUUUGUUCAAAUACC